AUGGCAUCCUCAGCAGCUCCCCUCCGUCAUGUGCGAGGUCCCCUGGUCCGGGCUCUCGCUGCCCGCACAACAUUGCGUACCUUCGCCACCAUCCCCCCAGCUCCCUCUACGACCAGCACAUCAUCGACAACGUCGUCCGCAAGGCCGCCGACGACGACUCGACGCAAGACGUACUUCAAGGACAAGACAGUCGCAUCCCUCGACGACUUCAAUCGCCGGCGGCGCCACCGGCGGCUCGGCGCCCCUCUCGCCCUCGGGAAGCCUACGAGAUCCGCACCAGUCGAGGUGACGACGGCCACGGGCAAGAAGAAGACGGUGACGCGGCUCCCCGAGUGGCUCAAGACGCCGAUCCCGGCAGGCAACGCCAACUUUGCGGCCAUCAAGAAGGACCUGCGCGACCUCAAGCUGUCGACCGUCUGCGAGGAGGCGCGGUGCCCCAACAUUGGCGAGUGCUGGGGCGGCGACGACAAGAACGCGGCGACGGCGACCAUCAUGCUCAUGGGCGACACGUGCACGCGCGGCUGCCGCUUCUGCAGCGUCAAGACGUCGCGCGCGCCGCCGCCCCUCGACCCCCACGAGCCCGAGCACACGGCCGAGGCCCUCGCGCGCUGGGGGCUCGGCUACGUCGUCCUGACGAGCGUCGACCGCGACGACCUCGUCGACGGCGGCGCCCGCCACUUUGCCGAGACCAUCAUGAAGAUCAAGGCCAAGAAGCCCGGCAUGCUGGUCGAGGCCCUGACCGGCGACUUCUGGGGCAACCUCGACAUGGUCAAGAUUGUCGCCGAGAGCGGCCUCGACGUCUACGCCCACAACGUCGAGACGGUCGAGGCCCUGACGCCCUUUGUGCGCGACCGCCGCGCCACCUUCCAGCAGAGCCUGGGCGUGCUGGCGGCGGCCAAGGAGACCAAGCCUGGCCUCAUCACCAAGACGAGCAUGAUGCUGGGUCUCGGCGAGCAGGACCACGAGAUUGAGGAUGCUCUGAAGCGUGGGUUUCCCCUUUUUGCGGAAGGACCGUCCAAACCAGUGCUACGUUGCUAA